AUGCUCCCGGACAUUGCCAGCAAAAGAAUGCCGGUCCUCGACCGAUUCGGUCUCAUCAACGACUUGUUCGCCUUGGUAACACUUUUUAUGAAGUUGUGGAAAAUUAAAGUUACGAAAAAUGCGCUCAGAUUUCCCAUAUCGUGAAUUAUUAAGCUCAACUUUUCCCUUUUGCCAGAUUUUCCUGAUUUCCUGAAGACUACUAAUAGGCUUUGUAUGACCAGAGAAUGGUUCUCCGUCAGAGAAAAUUUACGGAUUUCUUAGGUUUUUUUUUUCAAGUUUAUUUUUUAGAUACGUUUUCAAAAAUCCUUACAAGGCUGUUGAAGGUGCAGAAGUCUUGUAUCAACUGGAAUUGUACUAAAGUUAACGUUUCAUCAUGAAAUAUUUAUGGGAAUGUUCAGAAAUUUGGUUCAAGUCUUCAAGGCAAAAUUUCGAAUUUCAUUUUUGUUCUGUUAAAGACCAGAUGAUUUUUAUGAGCUCAAAGAACAUUCAAAAUGAGAAAAAAUAGGUUUUUUGGAGUGUCUUUUCGAUAAAGUAUGAUCCAAGAACGAAAAACAAGGAAUUGAAUAAUGUGAAUUGAAGGUGAACGCCGGCCGUGUUUCCAUUUCCCAAUUCGUGAGCGUGGCGGCGGCUUCUCUGCACGAAGACGAGUACGUCGUUUGGGGCGCCAUUGACGAAGGACUUUCCCGUUUUUCGAACGUCGCUCUCCAUAUCAACGAUGAAACUAAGCAACGGUUCUUUUGAACCCGAAUCCUCAGAAAUAUUCCUUCUUUUCCAGUGUCAACAAGCUCUACGUCAAACUGUUCGCCGAGGCUGGAGCCAAGCUCGGAUUCGUCGAGGAGGCGGGCGAGGGUAAGGAUUUCCUAGACAAACAGUGAUCUGCAGCUUCAAGAUUCUCAGAAAAUUCAAAUUUUCUCUCAAAAUUUUCAUAUAUUAUUUUGUUAAAAAAUAAAUGGGCUGAAGAGAUUGAUUUGUAGCUUUCAACAAAGUUGGCUACCCAUUUUAAACGAUAACUUCAAUUUUAAAUCAAAUGAGAACUAUCCAAGGUUUUUCUAUAGAUUCGCAAAAGAUGAUGCUCCGCUCGUUGGUCCAAAGCCGUUUGGCGAAAUCUGGACAUCAGCCAACAAUCGAACAAGUUCACGGAGAUGUUCAACGACCACGUCGAGAAACAGACGCCCCUCCAUCCCGAUAUCCGACUUGCUGUUCGUGUUCAUCUUCACUCUCAAGAUCAACGAGUUCCGAGGUUAAGGUGUUCGGAAACGCCGCUCGCAACGGCGGCAAGGAGGCCUUCGACCGUCUGCUGAAGAUCCGCGAGACGACAACCUUCGGAGAAAUCGACCGCCAGUGCAUCGUCGCCAUGUCGCAGACGCCCGACGAGGCCUUGCUCACCCAGCUUUUCGAUUACGGUAUCGGACAGGUGAGAAGGGGUUACCUGAUGAAUGGGGUAUGCCGAGGUUGCAUUAGGCGAAAAGGCCUUGCAUAAUCCCUUCCUUUUGAAGAGAAUAAUUUGUAUUGAGUGAAAGAAAAUAACGUAGGUUCUGAGUAAGUUGUUAUUUACAAGCCGUAAAUUACUUCACUAACCUUUCAAGCCUUGAAAAGGAAAUUCUUAUAAAAAUCGGCCAUUUUUGGAGUCACUGAACUUCAGUGACUGACCAAGAAAGCCAAGAAACCUAACAAAGUGAGAAAAUUCGUUUUUUUUUUUAAAUUUUAAACCUUUUUUUGCAACCUUCCGAAGCAAUUUAAAAAUUUAGCGCCUUUCGCUUUUUCCUGUGUAUUUUUUCACUUCUUCAAGUUUUUUUUUCCGCGUAAAGCUGAAGCUCAGAACGCACAAUAAAAAUAAAAAACUUAGAAACCAACCAUCUCAUUAGCAAAAAAAAGUUUAUAAUGUUUUUCAAACUGUUUUGAAACUCAUUUCUCCUUCUUUUGACUUGAAUACCCGAAGAAAAGCUUUUUCUCAUUUAAAAAUGAAAAAUUAGCAGAACACGUCAUUUCCAAUUUUGUUUGAAAUGAAACCUUUGAACUUGUUAAUUUUUAGAACAAAGUGCGGCCACAGGAUCAGCUCUACCUGUUCUUGGGCACCGGCGCGACGAGAAUGGCUCAAGAUUUCGCUUGGAAGUACUUCAAGCAGAAUAUCAAGAGCUUCAUGUCCAAGUACGGCGGAGCCAACUCGAGCCUUUUCCAGCGUUGUUUGAAGUUCUCCGGCGAGAACUUCUCCACUGAAGCUCAGGCCAAGGAAUUCCAGGUAACUUAUUUUCAGGGGGUUUUCCGCAGAAAAAUUAAGUUAGUUUUUCUAUUUAGGGAGCUCUUUUUUUCUGUUUCAUAGCUAAAAAUAUUUGAAAAAAAAACGGUCAAAAACUGCAUUUUCUCUUUUUCUGUGUUCGCUACUUAUCUUUAUACUGUUCGCUAUGAAAAAAACCUUGUUAUUAUUAUUUAACAGUUGUUUGAAGAUAAUUUUGAUAUCUUAAAAUCAUGAAAUAAUGAUAAUGAUAAAAAGGUUGAGAAAUAAAAGAAAAAGCUAAGUUACUUACCGGUUUCAAAAGUUUUUUUUUAAAUUAUGAAUGAAGAUAGAGUUAUUUAUUUAUAUAUCGACAUCUUUAUUAAAAAAAAGAAGCAUAUUCAAACGUUUUUUUGCGGAUCUAACCUAGUUAUCUACGUACUUCCUUUUCAUACAAAUUGAAUAUCAAGCUUUUCAGGACUACUUCUGUUCGUGCGAAGAACUCACCGAUGUGGACAGACAGACCCUCACUCGCCCCAUUGGACAGGUAUCUUUGAGAUUCUCCAGGAAUAAUGACGAAAAAAUCUCAGGGAAAUUAACAGUUUUCAGUGAAGUUUGUCUAGUUAGUCUACUUAAUGCGCAACGAGCGUUGAGAAUAGAUUUUAAAGUUUAACAAAAACAGGUAAAUUAAUUAGCUUACUCUUUUAAAAAAAUAGACGAUUAGUACUAUUUAUUUUUUUUGUUUUGUCAAGUUUUGAAUAUACAUAUAUUAUUUUUGAAUUCUGUACAUUUUCAGUCUUUUUAAUUAUGUUCUAAAUUAUUAGGAUAAAAGUCGAAAUUCCAACCUUGAAAAAAAUAUCAGGACAGUUCAUUAUUUUUUUUUGUUGUUGAGCAGGUUAAAAAUUUAUAUGGAUUUAUGUCAUCGAUUUAACAAACAUUUUUAACGUUUCAUCGUAAGUUACUUUAUGAGUUAUAAUUUUCUAGACUGUCGAAUCGAUCCGAUUGGGCGCCCGACUGCUUGAAGCGAACCGCGAAGCCAUCGAAAACCUCCUCAAACAACAUAAUCUUUAA